CUGACGUGGCCUGGGGGGGUCUUCGUUCUUUUUAAACCCCUGCUCUGUCUUUUGCUUCAUUUAGUCACAUGCUGAACAAGUCUCUUAACGUCCACUUUGCGGCUGUCUUAUAACUUAUCUCCCAUGCUCACAGGCUCCGAGUAUUCAUUCUCACAAACGCAUCUGAGCCAAUCUGUCUAUUAAGAAGCGGCCUCCACAUUUGUCACGAUAUCGCCAAUUAAAAAUUGAGACUAACUGCGCUGGAAACGAGAAUCGGAUUCUUCAGUUCUUCAGCCACGGAAGUGCUCGGUUUGACAAGCCAGAUCUUCUUAACAAGUAUACCCGAAAGACCUACUAUCACUCACUCUUUCCCCCCCGGGAGGCUUCUUCCAACUUUUGAACUUUCUUCAUCGCAAGCGCGCGCCUGGCACUGACCUGCGAAAAUAGUUUUUUUUUUUUGCGCUCCCCCACGUGUGGUAAAUUUCACACACAGGGUUCAUUGAUUGCGGUAUAAAAAAGGGGGCAAGGAAACUAAAAACAUGAUGAGCAAUAAUACGUACUACGACCAGCAGCAGCCGCCUCAGUACUACCAGGGCUCCGAUAACGGGGAAGAGCAGGACGAGGAGAUGCCUGCCACCGAAAAGGAUCUAGCGGAAGAUGCUCCUUGGAAGAAGAUCCAGCAGAACACCUUUACCAGGUGGUGUAACGAACACCUGAAAUGCAUGAACAAGAGAAUAAACGACCUACAGAAAGACCUCAGCGACGGGCUCAAACUAAUCGGUCUGCUGGAGGUUUUGAGUCAAAAGAAAAUGUACAGAAAGUAUCACGCGAGACCCAACUUCAGACAGAUGAAAUUGGAAAAUGUAUCUGUCGCGCUGGAAUUCCUGGAGAGAGAACACAUCAGACUGGUAUCGAUAGACAGCAAGGCCAUUGUGGACGGGAACCUGAAGCUGAUCCUGGGCCUGAUCUGGACGCUGAUCCUGCACUACUCCAUCUCCAUGCCCAUGUGGGAGGACGAGGAUGACGAGGACGCCAAGAAGCUGACGCCCAAGCAGCGGCUCCUGGGCUGGAUCCAGAACAAGGUCCCGCAGCUGCCCAUCAACAACUUCCACAGGGACUGGAGGGACGGCAAGGCCCUGGGAGCCCUGGUGGACAACUGCGCCCCCGGUCUGUGCCCCGACUGGGAGACCUGGGACCCCAACCAGCCCGUGGAGAACGCCAGGGAGGCCAUGCAGCAGGCUGACGAUUGGCUGGGCGUGCCACAGGUUAUCGCUCCAGAAGAGAUUGUGGAUCCCAAUGUGGAUGAGCACUCGGUCAUGACCUACCUGUCACAGUUCCCCAAGGCCAAGCUCAAGCCCGGGGCCCCACUGCGGGCCAAAACCCUGCACCCCAAGAGAGCCAAGGCCUACGGGCCAGGUAUCGAGCCCCGUGGGAACAUCGUGCUGAAACUGGCCGAGUUUACCGUGGAAACCGUGGAGGCGGGGCUCGGUGAGGUCAUCGUGUACGUGGAGGACCCAGAGGGACACACGGAGGAGGCCAGAGUUGUUGCCAACAACGACAAGAACCGAACCUACACAGUGACCUACAUGCCCAAGGUGGAAGGCCUCCACAAGGUGACUGUACUGUUUGCGGGGCAGGACAUAGACAGGAGCCCCUUCAUGGUCAGCGUCUCCAAGGCGAUGGGAGACCCCAACAAGGUAUCAGCCCGCGGGCCGGGUCUGGAGCCUGUCGGGAACGUCGCCACGAAGCCCACUUACUUCGACAUCUAUACCGCAGGUGCUGGGGCGGGAGAUGUGGGCGUGAUCAUCGUCGAUUCUCAGGGUCGCAGAGACACGGUGGAGAUCCUUCUGGAAAACAAGGGGGACAGCAUUUUCCGCUGCACCUACCGGCCCAUGCUGGAGGGUCCGCACACCAUCUACGUCACCUUCGCCGGCCAGCAGAUACCCCGGAGCCCCUACUGUGUCAACAUCUCAGAGGCUCCGCCUAGCGCCCUGCCAACCGGUACACCGGUUCAGAUAAUCCCCCAGUCUAUACGCACUCCGCCCACAGAAAAGACCAAGAAAAUCCCUCCCCCAACGCCACCUAAGCCCAGGCGACCAACCAGCAACCCUAAUGCCUGCAGGGCCACCGGGCGGGGCCUCCAGCCCAAGGGGGUGCGGGUGAAGGAGGUGGCCGACUUCAAGGUGUUCACCCGAGGAGCUGGAACUGGGGAGCUCAAGGUCAUGGUGAAGGGGCCAAGAGGUGGAGAGGAGCCAGUGAAGGUGCGAGACGUUGGAGAUGGGGUGUACGAGUGUGACUAUUAUCCCAUCCUACCUGGAAAAUACACCAUCAUCAUUACCUGGGGAGGACACACCAUUCCACGCAGCCCCUUUGAGGUGGAGGUGAGUGAGGAGGCGGGACUGCAGAAGGUUCGGGCGUGGGGUCCGGGCUUGGAGACGGGGAUGGUGGGAAAGUCAGCCGACUUCGUAGUGGAGGCCAUCGGCACAGAGGUGGGGACACUGGGAUUCUCUAUCGAGGGUCCAUCUCAGGCCAAGAUCGAGUGCGAUGACAAGGGUGACGGCUCCUGCGAUGUGCGCUAUUGGCCCACGGAGCCCGGCGACUACGCCGUACACGUCAUCUGUGACGACGAGGACAUCAAGGACAGCCCCUUCAUGGCCCACAUCAUCCCCGCAGCCAACGACGUCUUCCCUGGGAGGGUCAAGGCCUACGGCCCAGGUCUGGAGCCUACCGGCUGCAUCGUGAACAAACCCGCUGAGUUUACUAUCGACGCCCGUGGAGCCGGGAAGGGUCAGCUGAAGAUCUAUGCUCAGGACGCUGAGGGCUUCCCCAUCGACAUCCAGAUCACGGACAAGGGUGACGGUACCUUCAUCUGCGUGUACAUCCCCACCAAGCCCAUCAAACACACCAUCAUCAUCACCUGGGGUGAAGUCAACAUUCCCAACAGUCCCUUCAGGGUGGCCAUUGGAGAGGGCAGUCACCCGGAGAACGUGAGGGUGUACGGGCCGGGGGUGGAGAAGAGCGGCCUGAAGGCGGGGGAGCCCACCUACUUCACGGUGGACUGCAGCGAGGCGGGGCAGGGUGAUGUCAGCAUCGGGAUCAAAUGUGCUCCUGGUGUAGUGGGCCCGGCGGAGGCUGACAUCGACUUCGACAUCAUCAAGAACGACAACGACACCUUCACUGUGAAGUACACGCCCCCUGGGCCCGGGCGCUACACCAUCAUGGUCCUGUUCGCUGACCAGGAAAUACCCAUUAGCCCCUUCAGGAUCAAGGUAGACCCCUCCCACGACGCGGCGAAGGUGCGAGCUGAGGGUCCCGGGCUCAACAAGACAGGUGUGGAGGUCGGCAAGCCCACCCACUUCACCAUCUAUACAAAGGGGGCGGGGAAGGCCAAGCCCGACGUCCAUUUCGCCGGUGCGCUGAAAGGCGAGGCCGUGCGAGACUUUGAGAUCAUCGACAACCACGACUACUCCUACACCGUCAGAUACACGGCUGUGCAGCAGGGAAACAUGACAAUCUCUGUCUCGCAUGGGGGAGACCCCAUUCCCAAGAGCCCUUUCAACAUCACCGUAGCCCCUGCCAUGGAUCUCAACAAGGUCAAAGUUCAAGGGCUCAACAACAAGGUUGACGUGGGGAAGGAUCAGGAGUUCUCCAUCAACACACGGGGCGCAGGAGGACAGGGUCACGUGGAUGUUAAAAUCAGCUCUCCCUCGCGCCGGCCAAUCCCAUGCAAGCUCGAGUCAAGCGCGGCUAAUGACUUCCACUCCGUGAAGUACAUUCCCCCAGAGGAGGGACCCUACAAGGUGGACAUCAGCUACGAUGGGAACCCCAUUCCGGGGAGCCCCUUCACUGUGGAGGGGGUCAUGCCCCCCGACCCCUCAAAGGUGCGUGCGUAUGGCCCAGGCCUUGUAGGAGGAUUUGUGGGUAAACCGGCUCCCUUCGCUAUCGACACCAAGGGGGCGGGGACGGGCGGGCUGGGCCUGACCGUGGAGGGUCCCUGCGAGGCCAAAAUCGAGUGUCAGGACAACGGGGACGGCUCGUGCUCCGUCUCCUACCUCCCCACCGAGCCCGGCGAGUACGCCAUCAACAUCCUGUUCGCCGAGGCCCACAUCCCCGGCUCGCCCUUCAAGGCCGUCAUCCAGCCGGUCUUCGACCCCAGCAAGGUGACGGCGAGCGGGCCAGGCCUGGAGAGGGGAAAGGUCAACGAGGCGGGCUCCUUCAACGUGGACUGCUCCAAGGCCGGGGAGGCCGAGCUGACCAUCGAGAUCAUCUCGGACACGGGCGUGAAGGCCGAGGUGCACAUCCAGAACAACGCCGACGGCACCUACUCCAUUACCUACAUCCCGCCGUUCCACGGCACCUACACCAUCACCAUCAAAUAUGGAGGGCACGCCGUGCCCAAGUUCCCUGCCCGUGUGCAGGUGGACCCCGCCAUCGACACCAGCGGAAUCAAGGUCUACGGACCCGGGGUUGAGCCCAGAGGCGUUCUACGUGAAGUCACCACGCACUUUGUUGUCGACGCUCGUGCCCAGAGCAAGACUGGGGGCAGUCACGUGAAGGCCCGGAUUGUCAACCCGUCAGGCACCAACACAGACGCCUACAUCUCGGACAAAGGAGAUGGGACUUACCAAGUGGAGUACACCACAUAUGAGGAUGGUAUCCACCUGAUCGAGGUCCUGUACGAUGAUGUGGCCAUUCCUAAGAGCCCCUUCCGGGUCAUGGUGACCGAGGGGUGUGACCCGACCCGAGUGCGAGCGUAUGGGCCUGGUCUGGAGGAGGGCCUGGUCAACAAACCCAACCGCUUCACCGUGGAGACAAGGGGUGCUGGUACUGGGGGGCUGGGCCUGGCCAUUGAGGGUCCAUCAGAAGCCAAGAUGUCCUGCAAAGACAACAAGGACGGCAGCUGCAGCGUUGAGUACAUCCCCUUUACCCCGGGCGACUACGAUGUCAACAUCACCUUCGGAGGACUGGCUAUCCCAGGCAGUCCAUUCCGCGUGCCGGUGAGAGAGCUGGUGGACCCCAGUAAGGUGAAGUGCUCGGGCCCGGGGCUGGGGAGCGGGGUCAGAGCCCACGUCCCUCAGACCUUCACUGUGGACAGCAGCAAGGCUGGCCUGGCCCCUCUGGAGGUGCAGCUCCUGGGACCUACUGGUGUGGCCGAGCCCCUCAGUAUCAAUGACAACGGUGACGGCACGCACACCGUCAACUACACCCCCGCCAAGGACGGUCCCUACACCGUGUCCGUCAAAUACGCCGACCAGGAGGUCCCCCGCAGUCCGUUUAAGGUGAAGGCUCUACCGGCUCAUGAUGCCAGUAAGGUUCGUGCCAGUGGCCCGGGCCUCAACGCCUCCGGCGUUCCCGCCAGCCUCCCGGUGGAGUUCACCAUCGACGCCCGCGACGCUGGCGAGGGGCUUCUGACCGUGCAGAUCCUGGAUCCCGAGGGCAAGCCGAAGAAGGCGAACAUUCGGGACAACAGGGACGGGACGUACACCGUGUCCUACGUGCCGGACAUGACCGGCCGCUACACCAUCACCAUCAAGUACGGCGGAGACGAGAUCCCCUACUCGCCCUACCGCAUCCACGCCCUGCCGUCCGGAGACGCCAGCAAGUGCCUGGUCACAGUGUCUAUUGGAGGACAUGGAUUGGGCGCAGGUCUUGGCCCCACCAUUCAGAUCGGAGAGGAGACGGUCAUAACUGUAGACGCAAAGGCUGCUGGGAAGGGCAAGGUGACCUGUAAGGUGUCGACCCCCGACGGGGCGGAGCUGGACGUAGACGUGGUGGAGAACUCCGACGGAACCUUCGACAUCUACUACACCGCCCCCGAGCCGGGGAAGUACGUCAUCACCAUCCGCUUCGGAGGAGAGCACAUCCCAAACAGCCCCUUCCACGUCGUGGCGUGUGACACCAUUCCUAUAGUCGAGGAACCGUGUGACAAGCUGCAGUUACACCAGCCCUACGCUCCGUACCAGGGCUACCCCCCGCACUGGGCCACGGAGGAGCCAGUCUUACCUGUGGACACCAUGGAGCCCAUGUUGCGCCCCUUUAGCCUGGUCAUACCCUUCACUGUGCAGAAGGGCGAGAUCACAGGUGAGGUUCGCAUGCCUUCAGGCAAGAAGGCUCGUCCUCACAUCACGGACAACAAGGACGGGACCGUGACUGUGAAAUACGCCCCCACGGAGAAGGGCUUACACGAGAUGGACAUCAAGUAUGACGGCAACCACAUACCAGGGAGUCCACUGCAGUUCUACGUUGACGCCAUCAACAGCCGCCAUGUGACCGCGUACGGGGCGGGGCUGAGCCACGGUAUGGUGAACAAGCCCGCUACAUUCACCAUCGUCACCAAGGACGCCGGAGAAGGUGGUCUGUCUCUGGCUGUGGAGGGUCCAUCCAAGGCUGAGAUCACCUGCAAGGACAACAAAGAUGGCACCUGCACCGUGUCCUACCUGCCCACGGCUCCUGGCGACUACAACAUCAUUGUCAAGUUUGACGACAAGCACAUCCCAGGGAGCCCUUUCACCGCCAAGAUCACAGGCGAUGACUCUAUGAGGACCUCUCAGCUCAACGUUGGCACGGCGACAGACGUCUCUCUGAAGAUCACAGAGACGGACUUGAGCUCGCUGACGGCUAGCAUACGAGCCCCAUCGGGCAACGAGGAGCCCUGUCUGUUGAAGAGACUGCCGAAUCGCCACAUCGGGAUCUCCUUCACCCCUAAGGAGGUGGGGGAGCACGUGGUGAGCGUGAAGAAGCAGGGCAAGCACGUGACCAACAGCCCGUUUAAGAUCAUGGUGGGGCAGUCCGAGAUCGGCGACGCCAGCCGGGUGAAGGUGUACGGGAAGGGCCUGGUGGAGGCGCACACCUUCGAGGUGGCCGAGUUCAUCGUGGACACGCGGAGCGCAGGGUACGGGGGUCUGGGCCUGUCGAUCGAGGGUCCCAGUAAAGUGGACAUAAACUGUGAGGAUAUGGAGGACGGGACGUGCAAGGUGACGUACUGCCCCACCGAACCCGGCACUUACAUCAUCAACAUCAAGUUCGCCGACCAGCACGUUGCAGGAAGUCCGUUCACGGUGAAGGUGACCGGAGAAGGGAGGAUGAAGGAGAGCAUCACCAGGAAGAGGCAGGCCCCCUCCAUCGCCACCGUGGGGAGCACCUGCGACCUCAACCUCAAAAUCCCAGGGAACUGGUUUCAGAUGGUGUCGGCUCAGGAGCAGCUGACGCGCACGUUCACGCGCAGCAGCCACACGUACACGCGCACGGAGCGCACGCAGAUCAGCCAGACGCACGGCGGGGAGACCAAGCGCCAGGUGCGCGUGGAGGAGAGCACGCAGGUCGGGGGCGCCGGGGACCCCUUCCGAAACGUCUUCGGGACCGACUUCAUGGGCCGGGAGAGUCUGGGCACCUUCAGCAGUGCCCCGCCCAGACCUGAGGGCGAGACGGGCACCCAGGAGAUGACCGCCCAGGUGACCAGCCCGGGGGGGAAGACCGAGGACGCCGAAAUCAUCGAGGGCGAGGACAGCACCUACAGCGUCCGCUUCGUCCCCGAGGAGAUGGGCCCCCACACCGUCAACGUCAAGUACAGGGGCCAGCACGUGCCCGGGAGCCCCUUCCAGUUCACCGUAGGGCCCCUGGGAGAGGGAGGGGCCCACAAGGUCCGGGCCGGGGGCACCGGGCUGGACCGGGGCGUGGCAGGAGUGCCAGCGGAGUUCAGUAUCUGGACUCGAGAGGCGGGCGCGGGGGGUCUGUCUAUCGCGGUGGAGGGGCCCAGCAAGGCGGAGAUCUCCUUUGAGGAUAGGAAGGACGGGUCCUGUGGGGUCACCUACGUGGUUCAGGAGCCAGGCGAUUACGAGGUGUCGAUCAAGUUCAACGACGAGCACAUCCCCGACAGCCCCUUCAUCGUCCCCAUCGCCUCGCUGUCGGACGACGCCCGGCGACUCACUGUCACCAGCCUACAGGAGAAGGUGUUGAAGGUGAACCAGGAAGCCUCCUUCGCGGUGCAGCUGAACGGGGCUCGGGGGGUAAUAGAUGCCAAGGUGCACACUCCCUCGGGGGCAGUAGAGGAGUGCUACGUCACCGAGCUGGACAGCGACAAACACGCGAUCCGCUUCAUCCCACGGGAAAACGGUGUUCACUCCAUCGACGUGAAGUUCAACGCCUCCCACAUCCCGGGAAGUCCCUUCAAGAUCCGGGUGGGGGAGCCGGGGCAGGCCGGAGACCCCGGAAUGGUGUCCGCAUUCGGGCCGGGCCUGGAGGGAGGCACCACGGGUGUGGCGUCGGAGUUCAUCGUGAACACCUGUAACGCGGGCCCCGGGGCCCUGUCCGUCACCAUCGACGGGCCCUCCAAGGUGAAGAUGGACUGUGUGGAGUGCACCGAGGGGUACAAGGUCACCUACACGCCCAUGGCCCCCGGGAGCUAUCUCAUCACCAUUAAAUACGGAGGCCCCCAGCACAUCGUGGGGAGCCCCUUCAAAGCCAAAGUCACAGGAGCGCGGCUGUCAGGGGGACACAGCCUGCACGAAACCUCAUCUGUUCUCGUGGAAACUGUCACCAAGACGUCCACGAGGGGCGGGGCCUUCGCCUCCCUGCCCAAGUUCUCAUCAGACGGCAGUAAGGUGGUCUCACGAGGGGCUGGCCUCUCCAAAGCCUUCAUCGGGCAGAAGAACACUUUCACUGUGGACUGCAGUAAAGCAGGGACGAACAUGCUGAUGGUGGGAGUCCACGGGCCCAAGACGCCGUGCGAGGAGGUGUACGUCAAACACAUGGGCAACAGGAUGUACAACGUCACGUACACAGUGAAGGAGAAGGGCGACUACAUCCUCAUCGUCAAGUGGGGAGACGAGAACGUGCCGGGCAGUCCUUACCACGUCACCGUGCCCUAAAAUCACAGCCCACCCCACCCCCACCGUCUCUCCCACGCCAUCUCUCCCCCACCUUCUCUCCCCCUCCUUUACCAUGGACUGCACACCCCACCCUCCCCCCUGCUGUCUCUCCCUCACCUUCUCUCCCCCUCCUCUACCAUGGACUGCACACCCCACCCUCCCCCCUGCCGUCUCUCCCACACCGUCUCUCCUUUACCAUGGACUGCACACCCAAACCUCUGCCCCACCAUCUCUUGCCCUCCUCUGCCACGGACUGCACACCCCACUGGCUCUCCCCCUCCUUUACCACGGACUGCACAGCCUAACGGACCUAUCCCCUGGGGCGCUUUAAGAACCGCAGACUUUUUUUUUGAUCUCUCUUGGAAAAAGGCAAAAUAUUCUUUUCACGUAUUGUGCCAAAUCCGUGUAUUAAGCAUAGCGCAUGCUGAUGGCCACAGAACAGCAGAGUUCCAUGCCAAUCACUUUAAUUGUACCUCGCAGCUCUUUGGUUAGGUCAGCCCUCCCAACAGUUUUCAUUUCUUUUAUGCUGGUAUUUUUUUAAAGUAUAUUUUUGAUUAUAGACAAUGUACGGAGAGGAGUGAAAGUGGAUCUUUUUUAUUUAGGUCAAAUCUCACCUGUUUUCAGUGUACAUUUGAAGGAACUAUAAAACCGAAUCAGCUGCAGAUUUCUUCACCUUGUUGCCUGAAGGAUGAGAAUUCACAAAGUGCUUUUUUAAUACUCUCAGAUUACACACAAACACACAAAAAAUACAGACAUUACGGAAAAACUAGUGAUUAAUACUACUUUAAAAAGCUGUCGAGUCAAAAACAGACAAAAAGUAUUGGAAUUUAUUUAUUUAGUUUUUUAAUUACCAUUUUAGGACAGGAUUUUGUCUUAUUUGUAAUGAAGAAAGAAAAGUGAGCUUGAUAAAACAAUCUCCACCAUCAGAAUGCUGAAGAUUCUGACAGUCCUGUCUGACACUGUGACCCAGGGCAAAGUAACCUGAUUGGUCGGCGCACUUUUGUACUGAGGUGACAAGACAGCGGUGGUUUCUUAUGUGAAUGUUAAAGCAGACUUUGCAAUUUAAACGCAGUAUUGAGUGACAUUUUAUAGGGGUUUUGUAUGUAUGUAUUAAAAUGACAAAUGUACUUGUUUGAUAUAUUAACAUGCUGUCUGGUAAGAAUUUGCAGACAUAAUAAACUUUUAACUGCUAACUUGCCAUGAAAAAACACAGAA